AUGUCAGGCGAGACUCCAGAAGAUGGAGAGUUUGGGAAGAGGAGCCUCAAGAGACCCUGCUCCUUCACCAUUGAGAACAUCCUCGCCAGCUCGGGGGACCGGCGGCCUCAGGUGCUUCUCCCGCUCUGUUUCCGAAGGGUCUUGGACAGCGAACCCAAAGCGCUGGGGAACCUCACCACCAGUUUGAUGCAGGAUGAGGUGGAAGCCGACGAGUCGGAGGUGGAUGUCGGGCAAUGCGCUUGUUGCUGCUGCUCUCAUAGUGGGGCGCAUUCGUGGCCGGAGAGCACCAACUGGCUCGCAGACACCAGGUUUCCCUGGCCCAUGCGGCUCUUCCACCCGGUUGGCAGGCCAUGCAAGAGUGUGCAUGGGAGUCAGAGCGAACUGCAAACCUUUCACCAGAUCCAGCGGCGAACCCGCCGGCACCGGACCAUCUUCACGGAAGAUCAGCUGCAGGCGCUGGAGGCCCUCUUCCACCAAAACCAGUAUCCCGAUGUCAUUACCAGAGAGCAUCUGGCCAACCGGAUCCAUCUGAAAGAAGAGAGAGUUGAGGUUUGGUUCAAAAACCGCCGCGCCAAAUGGCGGCACCAGAAGAGAGCCUCGGUCUCUGCCCUCGGCCUUCAAGGCCCCAAGAAGCCCUCGGAGGGAAGCUGCUCAUGA